AUGAACAAGAUCAUGCUCCUCGCUCUCUCGGCCUCAGCUGCCCUCGCAUCAGUGCAGUACUCGCCCAGCUUUCCCCUCCUUGCAGUGCGUCAGGUCGUCGAGGUGCCCUGCUCGGAGCAGAAACUCAAGGACUGCGGCACCGGCUGCAUCCAGGAGGACUGGACCUGUUGUCCCAGCAAAGCCGGCGGAUGUCCUCCUACGGCCUACUGCGAAGUCGGCACCAAUGCGCAGUACGGCUGCUGUCCCAACGGAAGCAUCUGCAACGGCGACGGAGGCGGUACCACUCGCGGCUCGACCGAUACUCUGACCUUGGCGGGCGGGGAUACAACUACCGUUGUCCAGGCUCCUGACACGGCGGCGACGCAGCCUCCUGUCAUCGAGGGAUCAUCCACCGCCGUCAUUGUUCCUCCUCCUGUCGACACUGCUUCAGUCCCUCCUGUUGUACCUGUUGUACCUGUUGUACCUAGCUCUGUUGCUCCUAUUGUGCCAGCUCCAGGAACUCCCUACCCAGUUGUCCCCGUCCCCACGCCCAGCACGGUCAUCGUCAAUGCCGGAUCAUCCAACAGAUACAGCUUGUUCUGUGGUGUCAUGGCUGGUUUCGCGGCGCUCGUUGUCUAA